AUGGCAGCCACUAUGGCGACAUACCCGUACGACGAUCCGACUAUCGAUCAACCCCAGAGAGACUAUCUGAAGAAGCUGGCCGACUUCGCUGAAGAUCAAACCCUCUCCGAGGAUCUCCGUCCAUACGUCCGAGGGAUUACCAUCGCCUUUACCGUCUUUGCUGCAUUUGUGGUUGGCUUGAGGUUCACGGCUCGUCACCUUCAGGGUGCGAGGUACCUGAAAGAUGAUUACACGAUGUUGUUUGCACUGGUGUUGUUGAUUGGGAACAUGGUCAUGAACCUGAUCUUGGUUGAUGCUGGUAUUGGACUACAUUCGGGCCGUCUGACACUAGAGCAGCUGCAGUUUCUCGACAAGACCAUGAUCGGUGCCGAGAUUCUGUACGUCAACGGAGUCAACGUGUACAAAGUAGCACUACUGUUACUAUACCUGCGAAUUUUCCCAAUGCGAGAGGUACGCAAGGGAGCAUGGAUAUGCGGCAGCUUGACGUCGCUUUGGACGCUUGCCUGCGUCGUCGCCGCCUCCAUCCAGUGUCUGCCCCUGAACACCCUUUGGGAACCGUGGAAGCCGGGUACUUGCAUCAACCUGUUCUUAACACAACUUGCUAUCGCCGUUCCGAGCAUCAUUGUCGACAUUGCGAUUCUCUAUCUUCCGAUUCCCCACGUUUUGAAACUACAAAUGAACAAGGCUCAACGAAUCUUGGUUCUCUUCACCUUCUUGCUUGGAAGCUAUGUUGUGUUCUGUAGUGUCUACCGCUUCAGAAUUUUCUUGCUAUACACGAAAAAUGAUGUUCCUUACUCAUUGGCUCAAGGUCUGGCAUGGAACAUCAUUGAGAUUAGCAGUGGCAUCGUGUCCGCCUGCUUGCCGACUCUUGGUCCCAUCGUACGUGUGCUAUGGAAGGGUCUACUCGACUCCGCUCAACGAAGUGGUUUGGACAGGUACGCCCCGUCCUCCUCCAACAAGAAGUCAACGGGACGGUCAGCAGGCAUGACCAUCGGCGGUGGUCGAUCCGGGAAUGCCUCCCACGCCAGAGACGGCUCAAAAGACUGGUCCAAGCUUCCCGAAGCCAAUGCCAAACCAAACUUCCGGGAGGAGUCCAAGUACGGCAUCGGCCUCCGGACCAUGGGUGGAGGCGACGACGACCGUAGCUCCCGAAGCUCAAACGACGUCGAGCUGAUGCCCCAGAGCACAGUCAGCGUAACCGUACGGAGUCCGGCUAGGGACAGUUUCCCCGAACAUGAAGCGGGUAUGAGUGCGAGGGAGCACUACCACGGGAAGAAGAUCUCGAAAGAGAGCAAUUCGGGGUAUCCCCACUCGGACAACAGGAUAUGGCAGCAUCGUGAGGUGGAGAUAACGACGGAGCCGGUAGAACCGGAGUCGGUCUUGCCUGAUUUUAACAGGAAAAGGAAGUCGGGGAUAUAA